GACCACUUCGCUAGUGGAGAUGAAUUUUUGAGGGGCCAUCUUGGACCAGACUAUCCAGUUUUCUGGGCUGAAAGAUGACCGAUUAUACAUCCGCAACGCCUCAACAAUCCACAACUCUGGACGGGAACGCAGCUUUUGCUGACGCCGUACAAAGGGCGAGAGCGAUUGCUGCUAAGAUUGGCGGUUCUACCACGUUAGGCCUAAAUUCAGGUUCGAGUUCAGCAGAGUUAGGUGGACUGCCCCCUGUUGGUGGACUAGGAGCACUCAGUGGAGGAGACGCAGCUAGUGGAAUCAAACGCCCUCUCGAAGAUUCAAAUUCAGACGCAGAGCCAGCUACAAAGAAUUUAGCCAUGCAGAAUGAUAAUGAUUUUAACACUUUUGGUGCUGCCCUAUCAGGGAUGCCAAGAGCAGCACCAGCUAACAGCAUGGGGUUGUGGAGUGUUCAAGGAGAACCGAAUACAUAUGAGGGAGAAGACCAAAACGGUCUCGGUUCAAUAAACGAUGAACUCUUAGUGCCAGAUAAGGUGGUUGGUCUAAUAAUUGGUCGUCAAGGGCAACAGAUCUCAUCAUUACAGUCAGAAUCUGGAUGUAAUAUUCAAAUUGCCCCAGAGAACGGAAUUUCUGGUGAUAGACAAGUCACACUCACUGGAACCCCUGAGGCUGUUAUGCACGCCAAGUCGCUUAUCCUUGAUAUAGUGAACAAGGCCAGUCAGAAUGAAGCCGAGGGGAAUAUGACCGUUGACAUGUUGAUCCCUGCUACCAAGGUUGGCUUGGUCAUUGGAAAAGGAGGAGAAACAAUCAAACAGCUCCAGGAGCAAGCUGGAGUGAGGAUGGUAAUGAUCCAGGAAGGUCCAGUAGCCACAGGCAUGGACAAGCCCCUCAGGAUUAGUGGUGAUUCUCAGAAGAUUGAGGAAGCUAAGAGGCUGGUCAGCGAGGUGAUGGAGAAUGCCAAGAACAACGAUAGAAGUAGCGGUGAUAACUUCUACUCUCGUGGUGGCCCCCACAAGGACGUGAUUGUUCCAAAGCAUGCAGUGGGCAUGGUGAUCGGUCGUGGAGGGGACAUGAUCAAGAGGAUCCAAGAACAAACCAAGGCUCGCGUCCAGUUCAAACCAGGUGAUCGUGAUGCACCGGAGCGUGUUGCUCUGAUCACUGGCUCAGCGGAGAGUGUCAGCAUGGCCGAGUCUAUGGUCAACGACCUGGUGGCCAAUGCAAGGGACAUCGGUAUGGAUGGAGGUGAUAUGGACGGUCAAGGAGGUCCAUGGAUGGGCAGUGGACGUGGUAGAGGGCGUGGCAGAGGAGGCGGUGGACCCAGCUUUGGAAGCAGAGGAGGUGGAAACCGCGGAGGAGACUUUGGUGGCAUGGGAGGUGGAGGAGGAGGCGGCGGCGGAGGGAUUAGAGGAGAACCUUUAGACCACCGUGUCCCUGCUGGCAAGUGUGGCUUGGUCAUUGGCAGAGGUGGUGAGAACAUCAGGGCUAUCAUGCAGCAGUCCAGAGCACACGUGGAGAUCAGCCACGGUCAACAUCCUCCAGGACAGAAGAUUUUCCUCAUCUCCGGUGACCCAGAGCAGAUCGACUACGCCAGGAGCCUCAUCGACGAGAAGGUCAACGGGUCACCAGGAGGAGGACCUGGAGGUCCGGGUGGACCAGGAGGACCAGGGGGGCCAGGUGGCCCCGGUGGUGGAGGACCAGGCGGUCCUCAGGGACACAGGGGUGGAUUUGGUGGUCCACCAGGCAGUGGUCCUCAGCAAGCCCCAGUCCAACAAGGGUACAACAACCAACAGCAAUGGAAUGCAUACAGUCAGUGGCAGCAACCCCAGCAACCACAGCAACAGCCACCCCAACAGCAGCCCCAUCAACCAGCCCCCGACGCUUCAGCCUACGGAGACUCCAACCCUUACGCUGCUUACUACCAACAAUACUACCAACAGCAGCAGCAGCAGAACCCUACCAGCCAGACGGCCAGCACGGUUCAGACCACCCCCAGCACCUCUGCUCCACAGUCCACGGACGCUCAGCAAGGCCAAGCCAAUAAUGGUGCCGGUAAUCGAGACAUGCUUCGCCAGUGGGCCGAGUACUACAAAAACCAAGCUGCUGGUCAGGCAGGUGGACAACCCCAGGACUACUCCCAGCAAUGGAUGGAAUACUUCCAGCAGCAAGCUCUGUAUUUUAACCAACCAAACCAGGGGCAGACACCCGCGCAGGGUCAGUGAAGCAGUUUUAAAGUAUCUCUUCUCACGAAUUCUUCAACACUUCGUUAAAAUCAUUAUAUGCAUUGCUGAUAUAAAGAUUCGCCGAUACACAUAUUCCUUGCUUUUUUGGUUGUUGUAGUGGACGCCCGUGGUGGGUGGCGUUCAGAGGGUAGAAUUUGCUCUCCAUGUAACAUAGGAUUAUGCCAGACACUUAAAAUUGUUAUGUAGUGGAGUUCAUAAGUUAAAACAGGAUGUAUAUAGAGUUUGUUUCUGUUUUUUUCUGUCAUUAAUACCUUAAAUAUCUUAUUCAUUUAUCUUUUUGUUUGUUUAUAAAUUACUUUUUCAUUGAUUUUUCUGUGCCUGAAGAGUUGAAUAGGUUAUGUAUGUAAGCCAUAUUUUGAUGUUGUGUUUUACAGUGAUAGUAUGGUAAGGGUUGUUUGUAGUGUUUUAAACUUAUUCCUUUAUGAUAAAUUAAUGUAAUGAACGUGUAACUAUUUGAUGUAAGCCAUGUAAAUAUUAAUUAGUACCUCAACUUAUAAUAUGUAUACACAAGAAUAUUUGAGGCCUAGGCCCUUAGGAGUUGUUUGCACUACGAUGGUAUUUUCUUCCCCCUUUCGUGAUAUAAAUGUUCCAACGUAUGGGCAUCUUCGUACAGAGUACAUGAUUGAUUAUUUGAAAAAUGAAACUGAUAACAUAUACUUGCGUCUACUACCUAUAAUGCAAUGCCAAAAAUAUUUUUUUUCUCUUGAAUUUGCAUAUUUCUAUUAAAGAGAGAUGUGACUUUGCGUGUUAUAUAAAGCGGUUAUUUGAAUUGUUGACGAGUUCUUUUCCCUUACUUUAGUAGGAGGUGAACUGGGCUGUCCCUCGCAGUGCUGAAACGUGUAAGUGAAUAAGAAAAGCAAUGCAAUGAUCUUUGAUUUGUCAUAAACGUUUUGUAUCAAAAUGAAUAAUGCAUAUGCUAUAAAUUAUUGAAAAACUAUUUUGUCUUGACAAUCGCAGACAUUUGUAUUUGAUCUUUUUUCUUUGUUCCAAUUUUGUUUAUAUAUAUUUUGUGAUAGGAAAUAAUCAAAAUUUGGACAAAGUGAUUUCAUGCUGUGCUACAAUUAUUGAAAUGAUUAUGUUUAUUGUAUUCACCUCUACAUUUAAAUAUAGUACUUUGACAAUCAUAUGUUGAAAAUGCAUUUAAUUAUUCAGUCUAACAUGUUUCUAUGUUUAUGAAUGAUACAAGAUUUUUUUUUUCUCCAUUGCGCGAUAUAAACGUUUCUCUUUUCCAUUUGAAAAUGAAAAAUCAUGUACCGUAUGCUGCCCGUAGGAUAUAGAUUAUAGAAACAACUGUUAUUUGCCUUGAUGUAUUAUUAUUUUGAGACCUGUUACAAUAUAUAUAAAGUAAUCUUUUGUAUGUAGAUAACUUUAACUGAUAUACUCUUAAAACUGUAGGUGGAAUAUGUGUAAAAUUAAGUUAUGAAUGAAUGAAAAAAAGCAGGGAAAUGGUUUUAAAUGAUGCAUAUAUUCUCCUACGGAUGUACCGACUUUACGAGGCUUGGAUGCAUGACGGAUCUAGCAGAGUAAGGUCAUCAACAGCUUUCAUCGUUCUAUGGUAAGAUUGUAGCUCUAAGAUAUUUCCUUUAUGCAUUGCCAACAGUUUGUGUAUAUUGCUCAUAUUGAUAUGUUUUCUUAUUGUUAAAAAAAAAGUUAGGUUAAAAAAAAAAUAAUAUUCCAACAAAAUAUACAUGAAACUUUGCAAAAUUUCUUUUGUCAUGAAAUGUUACUUUUAUCUGAGACUGUUUUCAUAUGUUUAAUAUUGAAUAAUGUGAAUAUACUAUAUCAUUGAAGCUACAUGUAUGAAGUAUGUUUUGUACAAUAUGACCAUAAUGACCUUAGAUGACUACAUGUACUAUUGCAUUUUGACUUUUUACUGUUAUAUUUUCAUAUAAUUCCUUGUGUAAUUGAUUAAAAGGGUGAAAUAUAAAACUUUUUUUUUAUUGUGUUCAGACAUUUUUGCAGUAUUCUUGUUUAAAAAUCUGAGAGUAUAUACAUGAAUUUAAAAGAUCACUGUAUUGUAACAUUUAUGUCAAGGUUUGCAUCUAUUCUCAUGUUCCCCGUUAGUACUGAAGUAUUUUGCAUGGUGUAAAAGUGUAUAUUUGACUGUAGAAAAGGAAACACAUUUGUGUCUCUUUUAUAUUGGCUUCAUUGAUUCUUUUUAAAUAUCUAAUAAAGCAAGUUGCUCUGGUUAAUUGAAAA